CAAGUAUAUUACACCGUGUAUGUGUUAGUUUAUGAUGAACGCUGCAACUGUUUUUAAUGAGGCACCGCGUGACGCAAAGCGGGGACGCAGUUUUAGAGGCGCGAAGCUUCAACGAUCACGAGCUCAACACCAAUGAGUUGGUUCAAAUUCUGAAGAUUAAGCCUUUUCCUACUUUGUCUUCUCACUGAAUUCUCAACCGCGUCUGCUGACUAAUAAUUAGCGUCCAUCAAUUGACCACCAGGGGGAGCCAUAGCACAAGUUCGCAUUAACUACUAAAUUUAAAUGAAGGAAUGAGAUUGAUAAAAUAUCAGUAAGACUACGAUAGAAGACACGAAUUCAAAGAUGAUAGUUUUAAUCGAAAGGCAAAAUCAAAUGUUCACAUUCAGCAUUACAGCUCUACAGAAAUGUUAGUUUAUAGUAUUAAUCUGUGUAUAUGUACUGUAAGAUGGACCUCAAAGAUUGAGGCAAUACUGUAUAUUAAUGAUUACUGAAUGCUUGCUUUAAAGGUAAUAAAUGACAAGAGCAGUCAUUCACCUGUCGGUCAUUGGUUUCUGGCCGAGGGCGGGGCGUCAGGUUGUUGCUCUCCCACGCAUUCACUGGACGUGUUCGCCUGCAGCAGAUUAUCCCAGAAGCAAACAACAUCAUAAGGAUGAAGGUUGACAUUCAUAAUCAUAUUUUACCCAAGGAGUGGCCUGAUUUGAAGCAGAGGUAUGGAUAUGGUGGAUUUGUCCAGCUCCACCAUGUAUGCAAGGGGGAAGCAAAGAUGAUGAAGGAUGGGAACGUGUUUCGCGUGGUUAAUGAAAACUGCUGGGAUCCAAACACACGCAUACGAGACAUGGAUCAGCAUGGAGUAACAGUUCAAGCCCUCUCCACUGUUCCUGUGAUGUUCUCCUACUGGGCCAAGCCCCAUGACACACUGGAUCUCUGCGUCCUUUUAAAUGACAAUUUGGCCCAGACGGUGCAGAGCCACCCCAAGAGGUUUGUGGGCCUGGGAACGCUGCCCAUGCAGGCUCCCGACUUGGCCAUCGUAGAGAUGAGGCGAUGUGUGAAGGAGCUCGGCUUCCCUGGGGUGCAGAUUGGCUCACAUAUCAACAACUGGGACCUCAACGCCCCUGAACUCUUCGCUUUCUAUGCUGCAGCUGAGGAGCUGGGCUGCUCCAUAUUUGUCCACCCAUGGGACAUGCAGACAGAUGGGAGGAUGGCUAAGUAUUGGCUGCCCUGGCUGGUAGGAAUGCCAGCAGAGACGACCAUCGCUAUUUGCUCUAUGAUAUUUGGAGGCAUCUUUGAGAGAUUUCCAAAACUGAAAGUGUGCUUUGCUCAUGGAGGUGGCUCAUUUCCGUUCACUGUUGGUAGAAUUGAACAUGGUCACACGGUUCGACCUGACCUCUGUGCAGUCCAUAACAAGUUCAGUCCCCGGAAAUAUCUUGGUUCUUUCUACACUGACUCACUAGUUCACGAUCCCAUCGCAUUGAAGUUGCUCAUUGAUGUUAUUGGAAAGGAUAAAGUGAUGCUGGGGACUGAUUAUCCAUUCCCAUUGGGUGAGCUGCAGCCUGGAUCACUGAUUGAGUCAAUGGAUGAUUUUGAUGACACACUAAAGGAUAAAUUGUUUGCUGGAAAUGCACUGGAAUUUUUGGGCCUGAAAAGAGAACAAUUUGAAUAAAACUAAAAAAACCUCAGUGAUGCCAUACAACAGCUAUAUUCAAAUGUACACACUUUGAAGAUUGACUGUUUUUAACACAAUUUGAUAAAAUAUAUGGUCUAUUGUGAUGUGAUAUAGAAUAUAAGUUAAAAUAUAAAUAACAUACAGUGCUCAAACUGGAUUUUAAUUUGUUAAUAGUAGAUGUUAAAGUGAUUAACAAGGGGUGAUUUUUUUCUUAAAAAUAAAUGGAUUUAGAAGUAAAGUUAUUCGUGUGCAUUUACUACUGUACUUAAUGAAAAAAAUCAUCGCAGAUAUGGUAUAAACAACAGUGUAAUAUGCGUUCAACCAAAGAUUACUAAGACUACUACAAGAUCAAUUAGUUACUAAAACACUAAAUAUUAAAUAUUACUUAUAAAUAUUACUUGGUAGCUCAUUAUUGUUUCUUAAUUGCUAUUCAUUCCGACAGACGCGUUUUAUAUUAACAAACAAAUGUACAGUACAAGCCUUUAGUGCAAAGUUUGACUGAAUACAGUAAUUAUAUUUUGAAAUGCAUGCGCCACGUUUCCGUCGGCCAAGAAGCCUUGACUUCCUGCGCAACCACGUCACUUCCUCUUUGUCGAUGCUGAGUGAACCUUGGAGUGCAAUGGCGGCGUGCCGGGGGUCUUCGUCGAAAUGGUUUUUCACCCGGGAGCAGCUCGAAAGCACGCCGUCCCGUCGUUGUGGAGUCGAACCGGACCGGGAGCUCUCCUACCGCCAGCAAGCGGCAAAUCUGGUCCAAGACAUGGGCCAGAGACUAAAUGUGUAUC